CUCCACAUACUGUACACCAGACUCAGGAAGGUUAGUCCAAGAAAAGUUCAGUUGGGGAAACAUCGAGUCAAGAUUGAAGGUCCAGGCGGUUGUUGGUCCAUCCAGACUUGGGUUCCUGUCCCGGACAACACUGGCACUGCUGAGCAGACUGCCAAACAGCAUGGCUGACAAAGUCAACGAGGACUCGGAUCCUAACCCCGGGAAAGAUGAGCUGGAGUGGGGCUACGAGGAAGGUGUAGAGUGGGGACUCCAUUUCCCAGCAGCCAACGGGGAGUACCAGUCCCCCAUCAACCUCAACUCCAGGGAGGCUCAGUACGACCACACCCUGCUGGAUGUACCUCUGGCAUCCAACUAUGUGGUGUGUCGCGACUGUGAGGUCAUCAACGAUGGACACGCCGUGCGCAUUAUUCUCAAGUCCAAGUCGGUGGUCAGCGGGGGUCCACUGCCUGCUGACCACGAGUAUGAACUUCAUGAGGUUCGCUUUCAUUGGGGCAAGGAGAACCAGAGAGGAUCCGAGCACACCGUCAACUUUAAGGCCUUUCCUAUGGAGCUCCAUCUGAUCCACUGGAACAGCACCCUGUUCAACUCCCUGGAGGACGCUCUGGCCAAGAACAAUGGAGUCCUCAUCGUUGCUCUUUUCGUGCAGAUCGGCAAGGAGCAUCUGGGUCUGAAAGCCAUCACCGAGGUUCUGCAGGACCUGCAGUACAAGGGGAAAAGCAAGAUCAUACCCUGCUUCAACCCCAACACUCUCCUGCCUGACCCGCUACUGAGAGACUACUGGGUGUAUCAAGGAUCUCUGACAACACCGCCCUGUAGUGAGAACGUGACCUGGAUCCUCUAUCGCUACCCUCUCACCAUAUCACAGUUGCAGAUUGAGGAGUUCCGGCGACUGCGGUCCCACGUGAAAGGUGCAGAGCUGGCAGCUGAUAGCAGCGAUGGCAUGUUGGGGGACAACUUCCGCCCCACCCAGCCGCUCAGUGACCGCACCGUGCGUGCAGCUUUUCAGUGAUUCUGACCUUCUGCUGCCACACCACCAAGCACACACUCACAUAGGCAAGCAAGAUGAAUGUCAGCUUCCUGUCCCUGAGGAAGCCGUCCUGUGGAACCUCAUUAUAAUGGAUCAGGUCCCGGAAGAUCUAGCCCAGUUCACUUACUAAUCUGGCAUAUGUGCUAGAGAGAUAUUUGGCAUUUAGAGCAGUCUUUACGUCUCAGAGACUAAAAGCUACUAAUAACCCAGCAGGCACAAGACAUUGAUACAACCUUGAUUAUACGUACAUGUCCUUUAAAAGUGACUUUCAAACAACGUCGCAAAAUACUUUGAUUUGGUAAUUGAGACAACGUUGAUGUCCAACGUUGGAUCCACGUUGUUGGUUGGGAAUCAAAGUCACAACCUGACAUUGAA